UCGUCAUCAUAUUCAUCAUUUUAAAACAGUUUUGCAUCUCCAUUGCAACGAGAAGUUACUGUACUCUCUGAACCUUUUCUCAUCAAUCAAAUCUAUCUCGGAUCCGAACUGAAUAUAAAUAAUACAUUAUUACAUUCUCUCUUCGCGCGUUUUCAAAUCAAUACUAUAUAAAACGCCAAUGGGAGUGGUUAUUGAAAGCUCCAUUUGGGAACUGAAUCCAUCAAUUUUCAUCUUCAUCUUCGUUUGUUGCAUCUUCUCGAUCUUUCUUUAUCCUCAUGCUUCUAACCGAACUUCCACAAUCUUCGAUCAUGGAAUCUCUUCAUCAUUUCUUCGUUUCCAACGCAACUUCCUCGUCAUUUAUUCUCUCGCUUCAGUUGUGGAAGGUCUAUGGUCAGUGUUUGGGGAGUUUGAGUUAGCUUCACAUGGAUUUGACAGGGAGAAGAUGAUCAUGUCUCUCUGUUAUGGUUAUACAACUGCUCUCUUUGCCGCUCCUUUCCUUGGCAUGCUUUCAGAUUUGAUAGGUCAGAAGAAAGUUUGUUUGAUCUUUUGCAUCCUACACUUAUUUGUUGGUGUAUGGAAGAAGAUUACGCAGCAACCAAGCAUUUUCAUGACUAGCAUAUGUCUCUCUAUGGCCAAUACAAUAUUCUCAUUCAGUUUUGAGACUUGGAUGGUCAUUCAACAUGAGAAGCAAGGACACAGGCUUGACUCACUUAAUGACACAUAUUGGUUAAUGACUUUCUUUGAGUCUGCAUGUUUUAUUGCCAGCCAAAUGUUUGCAAAUUGGCUGAUUGAUAAUAAUAUGGAGAAAAACACUGCUCCUUCCUCUGCUGUCAUCUUCUUAGCAAUCAUAUGCUUCAUUUUGCUCACCAGAGGAUGGACAGAAACCCCAGGAACAACAUCUUUUAAGGAGUAUAGUAUGUCCUUCUAUACAUAUAUUUUUGGUGAUAAAAGGAUAUGGCUGUUGACAUGGGCACAGACUAGCCUUCACUUCUCCAUUGGACUUUUUUGGAUUCUUUGGGCACCUACUGUGGUGGCUGACGGGCGAGAAGUGCAAUUAGGAUUGAUUUUUACAUGCUUUUUGGGCUCAAGGAUGCUAGGAAGCACUGUUUUUCCGUGUCUCACUAGUGGACCAUCAUCACUUAGAAUUGAGGACUGCCUAGUAUUUGCAUACAUCAUAUUGGCUGUUCUCUUGUCUAUUGUGGCCUAUGACUAUCAGGAAAUUGGAGUUCUUGUGACACUUUUUAGCUUGUUUCAUGCUUGUGUUGGCUUCGUUUUACCAUCACUUGCUAGAUUGAGGACCAUGUAUGUACCUAAUGAAUUGCGUGGAGGGAUGAUGGGGCUCUCUCUUGCCCCUGCAAAUGCUGCAAUUCUGCUAUCUGUGGUGCAGGGUGGCUAUUAUCGAAAUGUUGGAAAUGCAACUCUAAUGGCGUUUGGUGUGUUUGGUUUGUUAUUAGCAGCUGGAUGCAUGCAUGCCCUGAAGCAAUGUGGGAAGCAACCUUAUAACAACUGGCAUAAACAGUGAAUGUAUAUAUACACCCCCUUUUGCAGGAUUUGGUAGUGGUGGAUGUCAGUCUCUCUCGUUGUACACUACGGGGUGUAAAAAGAUUAAUAACUUAGAUGAUGAAAUUGAAAAUGCAGGCAAGAGUGAAAGGAAAUCAGAGAAACACAACAUCAACUAUUAGUGAAUACAACAUCUUUUAGUGAAUGCUGAACUGGACUGUUAUUGGGGUACUUUCUGUUAAGGAGACUGAACAUUGAAACAUCGCAGUUUAAUUCAUUCUUUGAAUUCAGUCUGUGAUACCAAGUUCUCUUCUACUUCAUGUCUACCAUUUCAAAUUAUGGAAGAAUAAUGGGUUUAUGAUUCUGCCGAUAUAUUGUAACUUCCAUUCUUUUCUCCUUGUCUUUGCUUAUGGAGGAUAUAAUCAACUAAGCAAGCAUCUGAAGCCGCUAUCACAAUCUGCAAACGGAGGGACAUGGAAGUUUCUCUGGAAAUGCACAUGAAGAUCACAAGGUGAAAAUUGAUUCUUAUCAUUUAGGCUUCGCUAGCGUCACUGAUGUGAGUUGGGAUUGUUAGUUAUAGAGAAUUUAGUGUAUCAGUAUUAGUAUAAUAUAACACCUGACUAAUCCUUGCAUGCUAACAAGUUCUGAGCAACAAAAAAAAAAAAGUUUUUAUGGUGUCAACACUUGCAACCGUGUUAAUGUGAUUUUUAUUAAUGUGGGGUACUCAAAUCUAGCAAGUAGGUAGGAUGCUUAUUCUUCUAUUUGUGCUUGUAUUAUACUAAAAAGAGCAAUGUAAAAAAACUUCCUGAUAAAUAGAUGUUAGUUUAAUGUUUUUUCACCUA